UUAACGUUGGUGCUACCAGCCAUACAAUCGAAGAAGAAGAAGCAGCAGCAGCAUUGACCAUGUCACCCAAGUUUUCCUCUUUUCUGUACACAUGGUCGCUAAAACAUUGUUCUUACAUGCACGUUAAGCAGCUGCACAUCAAGCACAAGCAGUAGCGCGCAUCUGUGGGACUGUAAACUCCUCUGAGCACAUCUGUCCUCUCGCACGUGAUCUGCUGCAGCACAGGACACUCGUUACAUGUGUGUUAUAUCAUGGCUAUCUGAUGUUGAAGCUGAAGUAUGUGGAGUGUAUCCUGACGCCGGCCGUCCUCUGUCAUGUUCCGGCUCCGAUUGUUUCGGGCAUGUUCCCGCAGACUGUUUCACAGCGGGGCCGUCAGCCGUGAUCAGGUGCUAGAGCAGCUCCAGACGUGCUCUGCUGAAGACCAGGUGUUCGAUGUGGUGGGCCGGAACAAAGCCAAGCUGUCCGUGAGCCAUGUGAGCUAUGCUAUUGGACAGCUGUGGAAGUUUCAACGAGAGCGAGCACACAUUCUCAGGACAAUCGAUCAGGUCCGGAAUCACCCGCAGUUCCUGACACUUCGAGUUCUGGCUGAAAACAAAAUCAGCCUCAUGGAUGACGCUUCAGUGGUGGAUACGCUUUAUGUGGUGCUCAGGCUUCGAGUAGAACACCAUGACUCUCUUGUGCAGCAGCUGGUGACAGAGGCUUGGAACAGACUAGAGAGAUUCCAGAUGACGACACUUUCAAAGUUUGCGGUCUGUCUGAGCGAUCAGUUCCUGCAGCACAGCCCCUUGAUGGGUCAGAUUACGCAGAUAGUGAGUCAAAGACUGGACUCGAUUCAAGACGCCAGAGUGCUCACACCCUUGAUGAACUGUAUUUUUGCCCUGGUGUCGCCACAGCUGCGGGAUGCACUGUUUAAAAAAGCGGACUCCCUUUUGGACAAAAUGAACCCGUUGCACUUCAACAACCCCAGAAGAGUUGUGCAGUUCAUCCGAAAUGUCAGACAGAUGCACCGCCCCCUCCUGGAGAAAUGUAACCAGCUUCUCCUGCAGAACGUCCCCCGGUUGGACAUAGAGCACAUCAGCAUCAUUCUGGGACUGUAUCACUCGAUGCAGUACAAUAACUGUGAUUUCCGGCUGGCUGUGAAACAGAGACUCAUGGAGCUGGUGGACACAUGCACUGAUCCUGCCACUUUCACCAAACUCUUUGCUUCUUUAGGACCAAUGGCAAGGCAAGGUGUCAGAGAGGGGUUAGAGAGUACAGCACUGCUAUUGGCUGAUGAGCUGAAUCCCCAUCAGGCUUUAGGUGUGGUGGAGACUAUGGAGGAGAUGCAAUGCAGAAACCUUCAGUUAAUAAACAAGAUGUCAGCAGUACUCUUAAGGAAUCUGGAGAUGUAUAGGGCGGUGGAAAUAGCUCGAAUCACUCAAUCGCUCAUCCUGCUGCACUGCCAGAAUCCAGAGAUCUUCUCCAGACUGAAAGCCAAACUGCUGCAUUACCUGCAGGGCAGUGUGUAUCCAUACGAGGUGACCAUGCUAACCAGGGUUCUGUCCAUGCUUCCUUCUUCCCGUCCUGACGAGGCCGUCCUUUCCCGGGUGAACACCGUGAUCCCGCAGUGCAACCUAAACGACCUCAACACUUACGCCACGGUCGUCGCCAAGUGGAUUCGCAACGAUUCCUCGUACCGGCACAACACCUCCAGCAACUACGUUCGCCUGCUCCAGACCCUGAACCGCUGCAGUCGCGAGCGGCUGCACAGCUUCGAGAGUCUGGACGUUGUCCUGGAUGAAGUGAAGUAUUUGUCGGGGGGGUGGUUUGAUGAGAUGCUGCUGGAAGAGUCUAUGGUCGCCAUGCAGAAUCUGACUGACCAGGUAUCCUGGACUAAUGUGCAUGAGCUGAGUGUUUAUCUGACCAGGACUAACUACUUCUGUGCCGCGCUGAUGGACCGUAUCGCUAGUGUGACGAUUGAAAAUAUAGACAAGAUUCAUUACUCUGCAACCUAUUCCACUUUGCUGCCUUUCGCUGUGCUAAAUUAUGACCCACCAAAGGCGGAAGAGUUUUUCGAUGUGUGCAUUCGACAUUUCACUCCGUAUAUUAGUUCUUUUGACCCUCACCUGCUGGUUCUCUUGGCAUAUGCACUGGCUUUGGCUGAUUAUUUCCCUGAGGAGGUGGUCAGAGAGAUCUUCAAUGUGGACUUUCUUGCAAAGUUGGAUGCCCAUCUGGAGACCUUUCCGGAUGCUCUAAACAUGCGCAUCCGUCUCCGUCUCAUGGAGCUGAAUCGGGCCGUGUGUCUGGAGUGUCCUGAGUUCCAGGUGCCUUGGUUUCAUGAGCGCUACUGUAAACAGCUGCAGAAGAGAGCCAACAGCUCCAUUGGUCCAGCUCAGCAGCAGAUCCAUAAGUUGCUCGGGGACAUCCUGGGUGGGAUGAACUGUGCCAAAGCAGCAGUGCUGACACCAUACUUCUAUACUGUCGAUUUUGAACUUGUCCUGGAUCGCCAUCUUCAUCCGGUACCGUACAGCGAGCCCAGUCAGCUGCAGAUCAGUGAGAACGGAAACAUUCACUGGCAGUCCGGAUCGGAAGACAGAGAUAGGAUGGAGCUGCCGCCCGGAGCUCGCCGCAUUGCCUUGGAUUUCCUGGACUUCAAAUCGUUCUGCAAAAAUUCCUGGCACAUGAAAGGAGAGGCCAUGAUGAAGAAAAGACAUCUGGAAAUUUUAGGAUAUCAUGUACUACAGAUUCCUCACUUUGAAUGGAACUCAAUGGAGCUUUCCACAGAAGAUGCAUGGAAAGAAUAUCUGAGGAAGAAAAUAUUCUCAGAGUUACCCUGAGACAUUAUCUUGAAACAAUAGACAUCAGAUUGUUUGCAGACCGUCUAAGCUGCAAGAUUAGUACUGCAAUCUUAUUAUUUUGAAAUAAGUGGUAUUACUUUUUUCAUUUACAAGGAAGAAAUGCAUAGCUGUUUGCCUUUAAAUGAAUUUGUAUUUAUUAAGCAUUUUAUAUAAAAGAAAAGAGGUGUG